CUCCCACCUCCUGCACCAGGAAACUGCCUAGAGCCUGGGGAGCGGCCUGACCCGGCUCCAUAGCUGGGAGGAUGAAAGGCCUUAGCUGGGGGCUCCCUGCCACCAGCGCUGUGUCCUAGGAGCUGCUGCCCAGGUUUGCCACCCAGAUGGCGACUCCAGCCUCAGCCCCAGAUACUCGAGCCCUGGUGGCAGAUUUUGUGGGUUACAAGCUAAGGCAGAAGGGCUAUGCCUGUGGAACUGGCCCAGGAGAGGGCCCUACAACUGAGCCCCUGCACCGGGCCAUGCGAGCUGCUGGAGAUGAGUUUGAGUCCCGCUUCCGACGCACAUUUUCUGAUCUGGCUGCUCAGUUGCAUGUGACUCCUGGCUCAGCCCAGCAGCGCUUUACCCAGGUCUCAGAUGAGCUCUUCCAGGGGGGGCCCAACUGGGGCCGUCUUGUGGCAUUCUUCGUCUUUGGGGCAGCGCUCUGUGCAGAGAGUGUCAACAAAGAGAUGGAGCCACUGGUGGGACAGGUGCAGGACUGGAUGGUGACCUACCUAGAGACCCAGCUGGCAGACUGGAUCCACAGCAGCGGGGGCUGGGCGGAAUUCACGGCUCUGUACGGGGAUGGGGCCCUGGAGGAGGCAAGGCGUCUGCGGGAGGGGAACUGGGCCUCAGUGCGAACAGUGCUAACAGGGGCUGUGGCACUGGGGGCUCUGGUGACUGUGGGGGCCUUCUUUGCCAGCAACUUCCCUCCUCAGGGUUCACUUGCCCUCAGACUGACUGAAGGAAGCAAGAUGGCGGCACCCUCAGGAUUCGAUCAUAUGACCCGAGGUCCCGUGCUCUCGAGUUUGACGGUCCGUUUGGCUGAAGCGGUCACGUGUUGUAGCCUAGCGGCUAUGGCGGCGGCGGCGGCGGCGGCAGCAGCAGCGGGGGCUGCGGGCGGUCGAGGCUCCGGGCCGGGGCGGCGGCGCCAUCUUGUGCCCGGGGCCGGGGGGGAACCCGGGGAGGGGGCCCCGGGCGGCGCGGGGGACUACGGGAACGGGCUGGAGGCGGAGGAGCUGGAGCCUGAAGAAUUGCUGCUAGAGCCAGAGCCCGAGCCCGAGCCCGAGGAGGAGCCGCCCCGGCCCCGCGCCCCCCCGGGAGCCUCCGGCCCUGGGCCGGGCGCAGGAGCCCCUGGCAGUCAGGAGGAGGAGGAAGAGCCGGGCCUGGUUGAGGGCGACCCGGGGGACGGCGCUAUCGAGGACCCGGAGCUGGAGGCCAUCAAAGCCCGAGUAAGGGAGAUGGAGGAAGAGGCAGAGAAAUUGAAGGAGCUUCAGAACGAGGUGGAGAAACAGAUGAACAUGAGCCCACCCCCAGGCAAUGCUGGUCCAGUGAUCAUGUCCAUUGAGGAGAAGAUGGAGGCUGAUGCCCGGUCCAUCUAUGUGGGCAAUGUGGACUAUGGUGCAACAGCAGAAGAGCUGGAGGCACACUUCCAUGGUUGUGGUUCAGUUAAUCGAGUUACCAUCCUUUGUGACAAGUUCAGUGGCCAUCCUAAGGGGUUUGCAUAUAUAGAAUUUUCAGAUAAAGAUUCAGUGAGGACGUCGAUGGCCUUGGACGAUUCUCUUUUUAGAGGAAGACAGAUCAAAGUGAUACCAAAACGGACCAAUCGGCCGGGGAUCAGCACCACAGAUCGGGGUUUUCCACGUGCCCGAUACCGUGCCAGGGCUACUAACUACAGUAGUUCACGCUCUCGAUUCUAUAGUGGCUUCAACAGCAGACCCCGGGGCCGAGUCUACAGGGGCCGGGCUAGAGCGACGUCAUGGUAUUCCCCUUACUAAAAAAAAAAAAAACACAAAAAAAAAA